AUGCCAGAAGUCUUAGUGUCCGAUAAUAGCACGCAGUUUACAAGCGCCGAAUUCAAGGAGUUCUGCGUUGAAAAUGGAGUGGAACACAUGACAACAGCACCAUUCCAUCCACAAUCCAACGGCCAAGCCGAAAGAUUUGUGGACACCUUUAACCGGGCGGUCAGAAAGAUUCACGAGGGAGAAGGUUCCAUCAAAAUGGCAUUAGAUACAUUCCAACUUACCUACAGAACCAUACCAAAUCUGAAUACGCCAGAUGGAAGAUCACCUGCGGAGCUGAUGUACAAUCGUCAGCUCAGAACAUCGUUGGAACUUCUACGUGUACCGCACAACCAAGCACCACCAAUGCAGAAUCAAGCCAAUCCUCAAUCCAGGUCGUUCGUUCCGAAGGAUACCGUUUAUGUCAAAGUGUACGUCAACAUUAAGUGGACAUGGGCGCCAGGCACGGUAGUGGAAAGGAUCGGCUGUGUAAUGUACAACGUAUGGGUCGAUAAUAGGAAGUUGAUCCGUUCUCACAUAAACCAGUUGAAGAGCCGAGGUGCAAUGACCCAUCGAGGAAACAAGAAACAAAGUAUACCGCUAGACAUUCUGCUGAGUGAGUGUGACGUGAACACACCUGCAGUGAUGCGUACUCCAGUCCCCUCACCGGAACACCGAUUGGAACCAUCGAAUCGGACGUCGUCCGGUUCGAAAUCAUUUCCGUUACCAAACGAAACAAAUUCGUCCCUCUCAACUGCGACGUCAUCGACUGGUCGUGAACCAGCAGCUGAAUUUUUGCCAGUGAUACAAGCCCCUCGACGAUCUUCUCGCGUUAGAAGAGCACCGCAGUGGUUCAACGCUUACCAGCGAAUUUAA